CUGCCGGUGGGAGCUGUGAUCAACUGCGCGGACAACACGGGCGCCAAGAACCUCUACAUCAUCUCCGUGAAAGGCAUCAAGGGGCGCCUGAACAGGCUGCCGGCGGCUGGCGUGGGUGACAUGGUGAUGGCCACCGUCAAAAAGGGCAAGCCGGAGCUGAGGAAGAAGGUUCACCCAGCAGUGGUCAUUCGGCAGCGGAAAUCCUACAGGAGAAAAGAUGGGGUGUUCCUCUAUUUUGAAGACAACGCAGGAGUGAUAGUGAAUAAUAAAGGUGAAAUGAAAGGCUCUGCAAUCACAGGCCCCGUGGCCAAGGAGUGUGCGGAUCUGUGGCCCAGGAUAGCCUCCAAUGCGGGAAGCAUCGCGUGAACGUGUUCGUCUCCGUAGACAUAAAAUAAAACUCCUUGUACCAAA